AGAGACGAAUUGUGGGUGGGACACCAGCUGGGGAUUUUGACUGGACCCCUGGACCCCGUCAACAACCCGAGCUCGGGUGCUGCCAGGCCCCGCGGAGCCGUGCACCGACCCAGGGCGGGUGACGUCACGGGGACCGGGUCCGCCCAGCGCACACCGGCGUGGUGGAGCUCUGCAUCGCCUCCUGCUGUCUGCAUUUGCUCUACCUUUCCCCUCGCGCGACCUCUGGGCUUGUUCUAGGGUUGCGGUGCGUUUCUCACCAUUGCGUUUCGAGAGUGUCGGAGUUGGUUUUUGAGGCGGAGAUCAGCGGAAACGGAGGGUAGGGCGAUAGCGUGGAGAAGGGGAAGCGCAACAGGAGGGACGACAUGAGUGUGCCUCCGAUAUCCUCUAAUGGGCAGCUGGACACACAGAUUGCUCAGCUCAUACAAUGCAAACCGUUAUCCGAGGUCGAGGUCAGAGGACUAUGUGAGAAGGCGAAGGAGAUAUUGAUGCGGGAAAAUAAUGUUCAGCCAGUGAAGUGUCCAGUCACAAUUUGUGGUGAUAUUCAUGGCCAGUUUCAUGAUCUUGCUGAACUCUUCCGAAUUGGAGGAAUGUGUCCAGACACCAAUUACUUAUUUAUGGGAGAUUAUGUGGAUCGUGGUUAUUAUUCAGUUGAAACUGCUACACUGCUAGUGGCUUUAAAAGUACGAUAUCCUGAUCGUAUUACCAUUCUGCGUGGCAAUCAUGAGAGUCGGCAGAUCACCCAAGUGUAUGGUUUCUAUGACGAGUGUCUUCGAAAGUACGGAAAUGCCAACGUAUGGAAGAUCUUCACUGACCUGUUUGAUUAUUUUCCUUUAACAGCACUCGUAGAGUCGGAGAUUUUUUGUUUACAUGGAGGGCUUUCGCCAAGCAUCGAUUCCUUGGACCACAUUCGGGACCUGGAUCGAGUUCAAGAGGUUCCUCAUGAAGGUCCGAUGUGUGAUCUACUUUGGUCUGACCCCGAUGACCGUUGUGGUUGGGGCAUUUCUCCCCGUGGUGCUGGCUACACAUUUGGCCAGGAUAUAUCUGAGCAGUUCAAUCACAACAACAAUCUGAAGUUGGUCGCAAGGGCACAUCAAUUAGUUAUGGAGGGCUACAAUUGGGGACAUGAACACAAGGUGGUCACUAUUUUCAGCGCACCUAAUUAUUGCUAUCGCUGUGGAAACAUGGCUUCUAUAUUGGAAGUGGAUGACAAUAUGGGCCACACUUUCAUUCAGUUUGAACCAGCCCCGAGACGAGGUGAACCAGAUGUGACAAGGCGCACGCCAGACUACUUCUUAUAGUGGGACUUUCUGAUAGUAGUUUUUAAAGUAUGCUUUGAGCUAUUUUGGAUCGUCUGUAGUCCAUGCAUUCAAUGAUGUAGAUUUUCCUCAGGUUAGCAUGGUGUUACCAAGCGAUAGCAGCCUGAAUGCUGUCAUAACCGCCACACCAUCAUAUGAUAUGUAUUUCAUUGAGCGGGCAUGCUACUCUGCGCUUGAGAUGUAAGCGAGUCUCUAUUUGGAGUGUCAUUGGUGUCAAGAGUCCUGAUGUGACCAUUUUUUAUACUAGAUGUCUGCUGUGUAUCGAAGCAAUUGUAGAGAUAGUUGGUAUAACUUCAGAGCUAUAAUGAUGUAGUGGAGUUGCGGUUUAGGGUUAAGAUGGAUCAGCGGUUAGUCUAUAAUAGUCAUUGAUUGAUCACUCUUAUCGGAGAGUAGCUUCUUCCGACGUGGGAUUUAUUAGCGUCAUCGUUGAACCGGACCCAUGUCGGGGUUGGAUUAUGCUGUUAAUGGAAUGACUGUACAGGCAGUUGCUGAAUAUUAAGUGAUGAGGAUCCCGUCCCAAGGACCCUUCAUUCUAGAUCCAUAUCACCGGUA